AUACUCCAAAAUCUUUGCUCUCGGACCACACUCCUACUGGAGCUUGUAUUGCAAUUUCUGGUGUCUCCAAUGUUGCCCCAGCAGGAUGGGAUUUCCCUCUGUUGACAGAGAGGCAGAUGAUUGCAGAAACAGUUGUUAUCAAAAAGUCACCAGAAAAAAGUAGUGAACAUAUCACAUUAGUUUGAGAAAGUGGCUUCUUAACUUUGAAGAAUUUCUUGGGAGAUAGCUAAACUAAUGAUAUAACUGCUAAAGUGGCUGCAGGCAAGGAAAAGCAUCUUCUCUUUGACAAGGUACAAUCUGGGUCUGAUUCCUCUGCCUUUUGGAAAGUGAUGGUACUGGUGGUAUCUAAGAUUAAUAAAAGCAGUGACAUUAUGGAAGCAUCACAGGUCAUGAAUUUGUACCAGUUUAUUCAGCUUUAUAAAGACAUCGCAAGUCAAGCAGCAGGAGUGUUGGCUCAGACCUCCAGCUCUGAUGAACCUGAUGAAAACUCAUCCUCUUUAUCACCUUGUCAGGCUAGCCUUUGAAUGAGAAGGGUGAAGCAGCUGACUAAUGAGGAGGAGUGUUGUACUUAGACAGAUGGGCGAGUUGACCUCAACCUGCCUUGUGCUCACAGCUUUUGUCAGUGUAUUGAUGAGUGAAGCGAUCAACACAGGAAUUGUUUCGCUUGUCGCCUACAAGCAAAUGAACUUUGGGUGGUAUGGGAUGCACCCACUAAAGAAGAUGUGGCUAACUACAUUCUUAACAUGGCUGAUGAGGCAGGCCAGCCUAACUACCUGUGA